AUGGGAGAGUGUAAGUUGCCGCCAAUACCUGACGAGCUGGCUCCGGUAGAUUUGCCAGUAGGGCAAGAAGCAGAAUGUGGAGACACGCCGACAGCGAAAGAUUGCAAAGAUUUCAACCAGAAGCCCUUACGACGGUUAGCGGCGAAUCUGGGUAUACCACGGCAGGAGGUUGAAGCAUUAAUCGCAGAUAUUGAGUCUGUUGCGUACGAUAAGGACAACCCGACGUUCAUGAACCUGCCUGAUGUCGAUUCAGAGUAA